AUGUACAUUCAGCAUAAUGAAUACACUGCUGUCAGUGUUGACUAUGAUCCUGAAUAUUCACACUGGGAUACUAUAUCCAUUCCAGUGGCUUCAGCCCCCACUGACCUAGCGGCGAGUCGACCUACGGCCACAAGUAUUGAAGUCACUGGACCCCUCCUCCCCUGGGAGACGCCACCAAUGGCUAUAUCAUCUACUACACCAACACUCUGUCAGGGUCUACUGAUAGUGUCAAUAUCACCGGACGCUCUACUAAUACCUACACCCUCACUGGUGUUUCACCCUACUGCAGAGUAUAACAUAUCUAUUGUGGCUACAUCACAACACUUUUUCAGCGACCCUGUGUCCAUCUUUAUAGCAGUGUUCUUGGGUCAGCCGUUUUUCCAGACUUUAAGUGCCGACAAAACUACCAUUACUCUGAGCUGGGCGGUCCCCAGUGGCUCUGUAGUGACUAGCUACGUUGUUUCGUGGGAGAGAGACUCAUCAAUGGGGUGCCCCUACGAAGACGAGGGUAGUAUGACUAUUUCCACCUCUGACGAGAGCUACAAUACAACAAUAUCUGGAGUCCAAGAGGACAGUGAAUACUUUGUCAGUGUGACUGCAGUCAAUUCAGAUGACAAUACUACCAGUAAUAUCACCACUGUCUCAACUGAUGAAGACAUUGGAGUCCCAGUUCUGUCAGUGGGCAGCUUAACCCCAGUCUCAGUAGAUCUCCAGUGGACCAGUUCUGGCCAGCAACAAGUCACCUACCAAAUCUCUCUACAGAGGGACACUUCCAUUGGGUGUCCUUUUGAAGAUAGCAGAAAUCUCACAGUGACUAAUGGACUUACUGCGGCACAGGUGUCCGGGCUACUGGAGGACAGUAGGUAUUUGUUUACUGUGACAGCCUCUAAUCCAGCCGGUAGCAGUGAAGUCAGUAACACUGUGGCGGCAAUGACUGAGAAGGCAGAGAUUUGUGCCCCUUCGUCUGGUGACGGUGCCACCAGUCUCGAUAUUCCUGUCAGUUCUGCUGCUCUCUACUCUGUUCGAGUCGCAGCAGUCAAUGAUGUAGGGGAGGGCCCCUUUAGUAAUGAAGUCCAGAUUGAAGUUGUAGCACCAGUUCCGGGAGCGCCAAAGGACGUGCAGGUGGUGGAGCCAAUUGGACAGAGAGAGGUGGAGAUUCAGUGGUCCGACCCUGUCUCCCCCGCCCCUGUCAUUGGCUAUAAUCUCGCCUGUACCCCGACCCCUACCUCUCCGCCUCCCACAUUCUCCGAUCCUCCCGUGGUCACCUAUACACUGACUGGACUGACACCAGCUACUGACUACAGCUGCUCCCUGGUGGCCUUUAAUGACGCUGGCAGUGGACCCAGUGUCACCAUUUCUUUCACCACACUACCAGACUAUGGCUCUUUAGAGAUACAACUGAGUGGUCUAAUUGUGUGCUCAGAAUGGCUGGUGUUCUCCACCAGCCAAAAGAUUCAGGACGUAUCAGACACCAUCAACGAACAACUAAACACUCUUUGCCCCCAGUGUCAACUCAAUGGGCAAGAAAUAUCCAACGCAACACUCGAGUGUCUCAGCGAAUCGCCCAACUCUGUCAUUUUCGGUGCAGUCAUCAGUGGAACUGCAGACAAAGACAGUGGCGGUCUACUUGAAGAACUUAGUGCCUGGAUUUCAACGUCCCCCAGUAUCCGUGUGCUUGGAAUGUUGAUGGGACUAGGGGACCAGUGUAGUUCAGUAGUGUCUGAUCUCAGUGGUAACAUCUGUGACUCUCCCCCGCCCACCCAGCCACCAACUGCCACUGAGGCUAAUAGGGGAGCCUCCUGUAAUAUCAGUGAAACGACGGUGUCUUCAGGAAGUGUGGGCUUGAGUGUGGGAGUUGGAAUUGUAGCAGGUUUAGCAGUGUUGCUGGUGGCUGGAGCUGCGUUUCUCAUUCCGUUCUGCAUCAUGAAAUACAGACGACGACGCAUGCAGAGCUACCUCAUAAAGAAAACUAGAGUCGCAUAUGCUAUGGACACCAGCUCCAACACGGCCUAUGGUAUGACAGUCUUCAAUAGAGCUGCUGCCGUCAACACCAGCUCUGACCAGGACUAUGAUGUCAUCACUUAUUGUCGUCCACAAGACACACACCCUGCCCUCCCUCGUCGAGAGUCAGCAGGGCAGGGCGGCAACGCUAGCUAUGAAGUCAGCACCCCUACCAAUAUCAGACAGAUGAGGGUCAGGGAAGCUCAGAGAUCAAAGAGGAUUUGCAAGAGGAAGAGAAGGAACUGUACUCUGAAAUACCCACUAACAUAGGCGUCACCUCCCACUUCUCUCUCGAGUGUUAAACGGGCCUCCACAUUUCUCACUGUCCUCUGGACUCCUAUGGGUGACACCACUGGACAUGUAAUCUUCUACAAUGAACAUAAUACAACCAACACCUAUAGUGAGGGUUGCCCCAACUCCUGGAAUGAGAUUAACGUUAUUGGAGGAGGCGGUAUUUACGAUAUCGCUGGACUUACACCCAACGUCAGCUACAACAUAUGUAUUACUGGCACAUCUGAGCACUUUAACAGUGACUGCAAAUGUUUGCACGAUCAGCCAAAUACAAUGACCAUCACUAUUACCGAUGGCUCAACCAACCAUACUGUGACUGGACUCGAGGAAAACACAGAGUAUCAUUUUACUGUGAUAGCAGAAGCUGAUUCAUCCACUGACAGAGGAGAGAGUAAUACAAUCACUGCAACAACUGUUUCAGGCCUCCCUGUUCAAAUUUGUCUGAGCGGAUUCCUCAACUGUUCGGAACUGAUGGCCAACUUCCCUGGUGCAAACCUAGCAGAUGACAUAAGCCACACUAUUCUAAGAGAAUCUUGUCCGUGUGACAUUCCUGCCGAGAAUAACAUCAUUGUCAAUGGAGAAACAGUCUGCCUCAGUGAACUACCCAACUCCAUCUUCUUUAAUGCUACAAUCGUGGACUACUUUGAUGCGAACAGCUCAGAACUUAGAGCAGGGAUUCAGUCCUGGGCUUCCGAGGGCCCUGUUAUUAGUAUUCUCGGUGUCCUAAUGACAAUCGUGUGGGGCGACUGCAUCUCUUGUCCUGAUCUUGCCACUGGCUUAUGCGACAGGGAAGAAUUCUCUUGCAUUUCCACUCAACCUUCGACUGGAAUUGUACAAAUCGCGGUUACAAACACCUUUUCUUCCACUGCACCCACGAAUUACAUCGAGAAUACUCAAACAUUAACAUCUUCUAGUGCACCUCGUUCCACUGAAAUGCCCAAUCCACCUCCAGUGGAGAACACUGCAGGGACACAGACAUGUGACUGUACUCAAUCUCUAUCUUCAGGAAUUCUGGGACUGAGUGUGGGGCUUGGAAUCGGAGCAGGCCUGGUUGCCUUCCUGGUGGCUGGUGGUGUUGUCCUCAUUCCAUUCUGCAUCGCGAAACGGAGACGGCGUAACUAUGUCUUGAAACAAAGUGAUGCUACUCUCGAUGCUACCAUUAUCCCAAACGUGGCCUACAGUUUGUCACCCAUCAACCGGGACAGGGUGCCAUCCACCGACCAGCUCGAAUACGACUAUCCGCUCUUGCGGGGUUCAAUCGUCGCACGACCUCAACGACCUCGCCAACCGACGCAGACAGAUGGGAAAGGAGACUAUGAAGUGGGCACACCUCUUCACAUUCGCCUCAUGAGGAUAAGACAACAGGAACAAGAGUCAUGUUUGGGUCAGGGAUCACGGCAAGGAGAUGAGGAACCACAGGAGGAAGACGAAGAUUACAGAAGAAGCAGGCGGUACACUGAAGCACCAACUGACACGUAAUAAAAUUACAAGCUAUUGUCCAAAGUAGAUAAUGUGUUUGUGUAC